GUCUAUCUCCAAUCUUGAACACGUUUUAAAGGCACGAUCUUGAACGGUAUAAAUUGCGUACAGACAAAGAAAAGUACCUUACUUGCAUUUUUUGGCAGACUUAACACAUUGUACAAGAUGAAAUUAGCUGUUGUUGUGCUGGCGUGUCUUUUUGUGUAUGUGGCAAGCGAGAGCUGCACGUCAUCUUCCGGCGCAUGUAAGGCAACAAUGUGUGUCAACUCUACCGUGCAUUGCGUCGACAAUCUGUGUACAUGCUUAACAGUACAUUCUCAUCAAAAAUGCGCACUUAAAACCGAUUGCUCUGCCACGGCUGGAGGAGACCACAACCGCCAUUGCCGCCUUGACACCUCUGGACAACCUAUGUUUCACUGCAUAGAUGGGGAAUGCCAUUGUGAACAUGGUCAUCAUGGUGGUCCUUGAAUGAAAUAAUGUUUGUUUUGUUUGGUGUAUUUUUGAUAUAAAAAUGUAUAAAUAUCA